AUGAACAUGAGUGAACGCGCGCACGCGGCGGCGCCCGACGUGGACGCGGAGCGCGAGCGGCGGGAGGACGAGGAGGACGACGAUCUCAUGGAGCGGCUCGAGCGGCGGAGGGGCGCCGACAGCACUCGCAUGAGGCGUGCCCGCGCGCCCCGCAUCUACUUUGAGUUUGCGAGGGUCGCAUCCGAGGAGCAGCUCGAGCGCUUCGAGCAGUACAAGCGCUCGAAGCUCCCGCGCGCCGCCAUGCGAAAGCUGAUGCAGGACGUCGUCGGCAGCUCGACCGAGCGCUGCGCCAUCAUCCUAUCCUCGCUCGCAAAGUCGUACGUCGGCGAGCUGGUCGAGACGGCGCGCGAGGCGGCGACCAAGGCGGGCGAGGAGGGCCCGCUGCAGCCGCGCCACCUCCGGGCGGCGCAGCGAGCGGCGCAGCGCAACGGGACGGUGCCGCAGAGCGCGAUCCACAAGCGGAGGCUCUUCUGGCGGACCAACAGUGGCGCGUGA